GGAGAGGGACCCAGGCCGGACACUGCAUUCUCGCUGCUUUUUAUCUGUCGGGCGUGACUCUUCCCCGGGGCUUGCUGUGGGGAUUCAGGGAAGGGGUGAUGGGCCAGCGCUUAGCCCAGUCCCUGGAGGGAGCAGACGCUGCGGUUAAAACUUCUUCAUCGAACCUUUUCACUGCUCUUUGAGGAGUCAGCAUUGAUAGCAGUGCUCAGCUGCAGAAGAGAGUUUCUGAGCUUUGUCAUUGCCAUUGCCCUGAAGAAAGUGUGAAGAUCUGAGGGCCAGACAGUUUGAGACAAGAUGAAAAUUGUGCUCAUGGUUGCAGAAAAGCCGUCAUUGGCACAGUCCAUUGCCAGAAUCCUCUCUCGAGGGAACAUGUCCUCACACAAAGGACUGAACGGAGCAUGCUCAGUCCACGAGUACACUGGAACCUUCGCUGGCCAGCCAGUGUGCUUCAAGAUGACAUCUGUCUGUGGGCACGUGAUGACCUUGGAUUUCCUGGGGAAGUAUAACAAGUGGGACAAGGUGGAUCCUGCAGAGUUGUUCAGCCAAGCUCCGACAGAGAAGAAGGAAGCCAACCCCAAGCUCAACAUGGUGAAGUUCCUACAGGUGGAGGGCAGAGGCUGUGACUACAUUGUGCUGUGGCUGGACUGCGACAAAGAAGGGGAGAACAUUUGCUUUGAGGUCCUUGAUGCUGUUCUGCCCGUCAUGAACAAGGGCCACAGUGGCGAGAAGACAGUGUUCCGGGCCAGGUUCAGCUCCAUCACGGACACAGACAUCUGUAAUGCCAUGGCCCACCUGGGCGAGCCUGACCACAAUGAGGCCCUCUCGGUGGACGCCCGCCAGGAGCUGGACCUGCGCAUUGGCUGUGCCUUCACCAGGUUUCAGACUAAAUAUUUCCAGGGGAAAUAUGGUGAUUUAGACAGCUCUCUCAUCUCCUUUGGGCCAUGUCAGACUCCUACCCUGGGAUUCUGCGUGGAAAGACAUGAUAAAAUCCAGUCCUUCAAACCGGAGACCUACUGGGUGCUGCAGGCCAAGGUUAAUGCUGAUAAAGACAGAUCUCUCCUUUUGGACUGGGACCGAGUGAGAGUGUUCGACCGGGAGAUCGCACAGAUGUUUUUAAAUAUGACAAAGCUAGAGAAGGAAGCCAAGGUGGAGGCCACAAGCAGGAAAGAAAAAGCCAAGCAGAGGCCCCUGGCCCUGAACACCGUGGAGAUGCUGCGUGUGGCUAGCUCUUCUUUGGGCAUGGGGCCGCAGCACGCCAUGCAGACGGCAGAGCGGCUCUACACACAAGGCUACAUCAGCUACCCGCGGACAGAGACCACCCACUACCCCGAGAACUUUGACCUGAAGGGCUGUCUGCGGCAGCAGGCCAACCACCCCUACUGGGCUGACACAGUGAAGCAGUUGUUAGCGGAUGGCAUCAACCGCCCACGAAAAGGCCACGAUGCUGGCGACCAUCCCCCCAUCACCCCCAUGAGGUCUGCCACAGAGGCCGAAUUAGGGGGUGAUACAUGGCGGCUCUAUGAGUACAUCACCAGACACUUCAUCGCCACAGUCAGCCACGACUGCAAGUACCUUCAGAGCACCAUCUCCUUCAGGAUUGGGCAGGAGCUCUUCACCUGUUCGGGGAAGACCAUCAUCUCACCAGGCUACACAGAGAUCAUGCCCUGGCAGAGUGUGCCCCUAGAAGAGAGCCUCCCCACCUGCCAGAGGGGUGACACAUUUGCCGUGGGCGAGGUAAAGAUGCUGGAGAAGCAGACAAACCCGCCUGACUACCUGACUGAAGCCGAGCUCAUCACGCUCAUGGAGAAACACGGCAUCGGGACAGACGCCAGCAUUCCUGUGCACAUCAACAACAUCUGCCAGCGCAACUAUGUCACCGUGGAGAGCGGGCGCCGGCUCAAGCCCACCAACCUCGGCAUCGUCCUGGUGCACGGCUACUACAAGAUCGACGCGGAGCUUGUGCUCCCCACCAUCCGUAGUGCGGUGGAGAAGCAGCUGAACCUGAUCGCCCAGGGCAGGGCUGACUACCGCCAGGUCCUGGGCCACACCCUGGACGUCUUCAAGAGGAAGUUCCACUACUUCGUUGACUCCAUCGCUGGCAUGGAUGAGUUGAUGGAGGUGUCUUUUUCGCCUCUAGCAGCCACAGGCAAGCCCCUUUCACGCUGUGGGAAGUGCCACCGAUUCAUGAAGUAUAUCCAGGCCAAGCCAAGCCGUUUGCACUGUUCCCACUGCGAUGAGACCUACACCCUCCCGCAGAACGGCACCAUCAAACUCUACAAGGAGCUCCGGUGCCCACUGGACGACUUCGAGCUGGUCCUGUGGUCCUCGGGCUCUCGGGGCAAGAGCUACCCUCUGUGCCCCUACUGCUACAACCACCCGCCCUUCCGAGACAUGAAGAAAGGCAUGGGCUGCAACGAAUGCACACACCCUUCCUGCCAGCACUCGCUGAGCAUGCUGGGCAUCGGCCAGUGUGUGGAGUGCGAGAGCGGGGUGCUGGUGCUGGACCCCACCUCGGGCCCCAAGUGGAAGGUGGCUUGCAACAAGUGCAAUGUGGUGGCUCACUGCUUCGAGAACGCCUACCGGGUGCGGGUGUCGUCCGACAACUGCAACACCUGCGAGGCUGCCCUGCUCGAUGUGGACUUCAACAAGGCCAAGUCCCCGCUGCCAGGCGACGAGACACAGCACACGGGCUGUGUCUUCUGUGACCCUGUCUUCCAGGAGCUGGUGGAGCUGAAGCAUGCAGCCUCCUGCCACCCCAUGCACCGUGGCGGCCCAGGCAGGAGGCAGGGUCGAGGGCGAGCCCGGGGCCGGCGGCCCCCAGGGAAACCCAACCCCAGGCGGCCAAAGGACAAGAUGUCAGCCCUAGCGGCCUACUUCGUAUGACGGCCAGUGAAAUGCUGUGCAGAUGCCUCACAAUGAUUGUCCUUUGUGCCACUGAAACCAUUAAAAUGCAUUUUGUCUUCUCUAGAGCAA